CCUACGCUGCGCUGCACUGAGAGAAGGAGCAACGGCUCUCUGAGGCUAUCACGUCACUCUGUGUUUAGGCGUUGAGCAGGAAACAGCCUUUCCUCUUAGAUUGUCGCAGUAGGAACAAACACAAUAUUUUUUCUUUACUCAAUGCACCCCUCGGCACAGAACACGCGGAACCCGACCAGAAGGAAACAUGCCUCCUUCGACAGAGAUAGCUGUUCUGAUCUUCGGUGUCCUGCUUCUGGAAUCACCCUGGAGUAUCCAUGGCCCGCGCUUCGCUCGCGCGCUACAGAUACAACAGGCAUUCGAGUCUCCAAACCAGACCAAUAAUUUCGUGGUUGACCAGGUAUCUACAAAAGUAUACCUGGCCACUGUCAACACCAUCUACCAGCUGAACGGGACCCUGAGUUUAGAGGUGGAGAAGAGGACCGGUCCGGUUGAGGACAACCUGUUGUGCCAUGCGCCACAGUUACCGCAGGCUCCGUGCGAGCAUCCGAAAUCCCUUACUGACAACUUCAACAAGCUGUUGGAGCUGGACAGGGAGCAGGGGGUGCUUCUGGUGUGUGGCUCCGUGUACCAGGGCUUUUGUGAGCUUAGGAGAAUGGAUAACAUAUCGGAGAUAGCGGUGGAGUUCCCCCCUCAGGGAGAGAAAACUGUGUUUCCCAGCAUGCUGAAUAUCGCAGCAAAUCACCCCAAUGCCUCCACCGUGGGGCUGAUCUUCAGGAGCCAUGGAGGGAACACGCGGCUCCUGGUCGGGGCGACCUAUACCGGGGCUGGCACCCCGUUCUUCCCGAAGAACCACAGCAAAGAGGACCUGCGCUUCGAGAACACCCCGGAGAUUGCCAUUCGGUCUCUGAACAUCAAGGACUUAUCCCGGCUUUUCACUUAUGACAUCAACCCGUCUGAGGAUAACGUGUUUAAAAUUAAGCAGGAGGUGAAACCAAAAAACAAACUUAACUUUGUACAUGCAUUUAUACAGAAGACGUAUUCUUACAUUGCGAUCAACAAUGACGCAAAAAUGGGCCAUAAGGAGAGCCAGCCCAAUAGCAUCCUUGCCAGGAUAUGUUUGGACACUGAUAGUACACGCAAACCCACUUCUGGCGCGGAGAGUCGGAAACUUACAGAAUCCUACAUCCAGAUGCCGCUACAAUGUGGAUCUAACGGUAACAUAUAUAACCGGCUUGUGUCCGUCCACCCAGCCGAGAUCAAUACGGACUCCUACCUCUUCGGCGUGUUUGCAAAAGCGGACAGAAAGUCUGCUUUGUGCGCGUUUAGAUUCGCGGACAUCGAGGAGGAGAUCCGACAGGGUCGUAAGAACUGCUCCAACUCCCCCAGCAGCGAUGUGCAGGUGCUGGACAGCGUCAUUCAAGGCUCUGGCGCAGCGUGCAUACAAAAGGGCACUCUAGUUCUGCAGCCGGAGCAGCUUGACUGUGGGGCAGCCCACCUCCAGCACCCCCUGGCCCUACGCAGGCCUCUGAGGGCCACACCUCUUUAUGAGGCCAUAGGGCUCACCUCAGUUGCCGUGGACAAUAUACACAACCACACUGUGGUCUUCCUGGGAACCAGCACUGGACGACUGCGCAAGCUGACCCUCCUAAGGAACCAGACUGUGGCCAAUCAGUGGACACUGAAGCUAAGACCUGGCGAAUCAGUUCACCACAUCAUGACCUUCGACCCCAACGACAGGAACUUCCUUUACGUCAUGACUGCUCACCAUCUGCUGAGGGUGAAGGUGGCGGUGUGUGACCAGUACGGCAGCUGCAGUGACUGUCUGGGAGCCGGAGACGCCCACUGUGGCUGGUGUACACUGGAGAACAGGUGCACCAUCCAGAAGGAGUGUCUCCUGGGCCCGCUGGCUCGCUCCUGGAUCGGAAUGGGCGAGGGAUCCCAGCAGUGCCCCUCCAUGACCCUCACCCCCCCUGAGAUCAGCCUGUCUGCAGACAUCAAGGAUGUAGGGAUUUUGAUCAACGGCAGUGUACCUGAUCUCAUUGGCUCCCGUGUGGAGUGUGAUUAUGGAUUGGGCAUUUCCACGGCAGCCACCGUCCACCUGGAUUAUGGGCCUGCCCAGAUCCAGACCUGCCCCCUCCUCCCCCGUGACAGGUACCCCCACAUCCCCCCUGGCAGAGAUCACCUGACAGUUCACGUGGCAAUAAAAGUGAACGGAACUGCUGUGGUGUCAGGAAGCUUUGUCAUCUAUGACUGUGAGAGGACGGGCAUGAUCCAUGUCAAGACUGCGUGUGGUAGCUGUCUGAGCACCAGAUGGAAGUGUACUGGACCAGCAGAGCCACUCAUGUGUUCCAGUAAAGAGGACUCCACACACACCCUACCUGAGGUCAAACACUGCUUCUGUCCCGGCGUCGUAGCCGCAGAGGUUCCUCCGUCGCCCUCAGUGACCCAGGACUUCAGCCUGUCCCUAAGCAACGUUGAAGAAGGGAUGGAGCUGGAGUGUGACCUGGGGACUAGACAGCGCUACGAGGCCCAGUGCUGGAUAGCUCAACCGGUCAGAUGCAUUGGUGUAACACUGUUCACGGCAGAGAGCAGUCAGGUGUACCAGCUCAGCCUGCGGAGGAAGGGCUACCAGGACAAAUACAUAGACGGCCCUCAACCCAUGAGAGUGGAGGUGUAUAACUGUGGGGUGGGCAGUGCAGACUGCUCCCAGUGUUGGGGCCGGGAGUACCAGGGUCAUCUCUGUGGCUGGUGUGACAACAGCUGCAGGCCCAGGGACGACUGCCAGACUGCCGGAGACCAGUGUCCCGACCCGGAGAUCUACAAGAUCUCCCCCCAGAGUGGUCCGCUGGAGGGGGGCACCCUGCUGACAGUGCAGGGGAAGAACCUGGGACGGAGGGCCGAGGAGGUGAAUGUCUCCAUCGGCUCGUUCCCCUGUGCUCUCCUGGCUGACCGCUACACCGUCUCUACACAGCUGGUGUGUAUGACCAGGACGUCCUCGUAUGAGAUGAAUGAUAAGGUCAGAGUUACUGUGAGACAGAGCGCGAAAGGAGAGUCCAAAGAGCUGUUCUCAUACUUGGUGCCCAAGCUGCUGUCCAUGGAGCCCAGGAAGGGCUCUCGUGCCGGGGGAACCAGGGUGACUAUCAUGGGGGAGCACCUGGACACUGGCUCCCAGGUUCACAUCAGGGUUAACGGUACCCAACAGUGUUCCAUUCUCACCCAAACAGCAGACACCAUUGAGUGCACCAUGCCUGCGGCCGUGCACACACACACCGAGGCGGUGACGGUGUGUGUGGAGUUUGAGGACAUUCCCUGUCAGAACCCUGCCCUCAGCACCAUGUACACCUAUGAGAAGAACCCCAGCAUCAGCUUCGUCAAGCCCAACAAGAGCUACCUCAGCGGGGGUCGAACCAUCACUGUGACGGGGAAGGGCUUUGAUCUGGUGCAAAGUGUAACACUGGAGGUGCUGGAUGUUGGCCAGGCGGCCUGUAAGGUGCGGUCUCCUUCCAUGAUCACAUGCUCCACCCCAGCCUCCAGCCAAUCCCAGAUGGCCACACUGAAGUUCUUCCUGAACAGAGUCCUUUACACAGGAGAUAGCCCUGCCUCCUAUGAUGAAGGGGAGGAAGAGGAGGAGCCUCACGGAGGGCACUUCCUGUUGGAGUACGUGGAGGACCCUCAGUUCUUCACAGCCACAAAAGAGAAGCUGAUCAAACACCACCCCGGGGAGCCACUCACACUCAUCAUCAAUAAAGGGCCAAGCGAUCUGGAACUGGCCCCGGAAGAAUACUCUGUGAUGAUUGGCUGCUAUCCCUGUGACAUCAGCUUCCACAAUGACCAGCUGUUCCACUGCACCAUCAACGGUUCAAUGAGUUCCAGCGAGACAGACCUACCAGUGACAGUACAGGUGGGGAAUUUCCGUCGCAUCAUAGCCAAGGUGCAGCUGGGUGGCAGUGAGCUGGCCAUCACGAUCUCCAUCGUUGUGUGUUGUGUGCUGCUGCUGCUGUGCACUGUGGCUCUGGUGGUGUAUUGUACCAAGAGCCGCAGGGCUGAGCGCUACUGGCAGAAAACCCUGCUGCAGAUGGAGGAGAUGGAGUCUCAGAUCAGAGAGGAGAUCCGCAAAGGCUUUGCGGAGCUGCAGACGGACAUGACAGACCUGACCAAGGAGCUGAACAGCAGCCAGGGCAUCCCCUUCCUGGAGUACAAGCAGUUUGUCACGCGGACCUUCUUCCCCAAGAUGUGUUCGGACUAUGAGAAGAGUCUGGUCCAGCCCGUCUAUGAGACUGACGCCCUCGGCCCCCGAGCGCUCCCUGAGACACACCCCCUUCUUCAGGACUGGCAGCCUUCAAACACAGGCCGGCCUAAUAUGGAGGAGGGCAUCACUCUCUUCUCCACUCUUCUCAACAACAAACACUUUCUAGUCACGUUUGUGCACGCGUUGGAGCAGCAGAAGGACUUUGCUGUGCGUGACAGGUGUAGCCUGGCCUCUCUGCUCACCAUCGCCCUCCAUGGCAAGCUGGAGUACUACACCAGCAUCAUGAAAGACCUGCUGGUGGACCUGAUCGAUGCUUCUGCCUCCAAGAACCCCAAACUGAUGCUGCGUCGCACAGAGUCGGUGGUGGAGAAGAUGCUCACCAACUGGAUGUCCAUCUGCAUGUACAGCUACCUCAAGGAGACUGUGGGCGAGCCCUUCUUCCUGCUGCUGUGUGCCAUCAGGCAGCAGAUCAACAAGGGCUCCAUCGACGCCAUCACAGGGAAGGCCCGCUACACCCUCAACGAGGAGUGGCUGCUCCGGGAGAACAUAGAGGCCAAGCCUCAGAACAUCAACGUGUCGUUCCAAGGCUGUGGCAUGGACUCCAUGUGUGUCCGCGUCAUGAACACAGACACCAUCUGCCAGGUGAAGGAGAAGAUCCUAGAAGCCUUCUACAAAAACCUGCCCUUCUCCCAGUGGCCCCGGGCUGAGGAUGUAGACCUGGAGUUGUUUGCCUCUGGCUGUAACAGCAGAAUCCUGCAGGACCUCGACAACUCCUCCGUGAUGGAAGAUGGCAGGAAAAAGCUCAACACAGUCUGCCACUAUCAGAUCCCUGAGGGGGCGUCGCUGGCCAUGAGCAUGAAGGACAAGAGAGACAACACUCUGGGGAGAGCCAAAGACUUGGACACAGAGAAAUAUGUACAUUUGGUCCUGCCUAAUGAUGAGCCGAUGGAGAACAGGAAGUCCCACAGGCAGAGCCACCGUAAGAAGGUCCUCCCAGAGAUCUACCUGACCCGCCUGCUCUCCACCAAGGGGACUCUGCAGAAGUUCCUAGACGACCUGUUCCAGGCCAUCCUCAGCAUCCCGCCCGAGCGCCCCCCACUGGCCAUCAAAUAUUUCUUUGACUUCCUGGAGGAGCAGGCGGACAAGAGGGGCAUCACAGACCCUGACACCCUGCACAUCUGGAAGACCAACAGUUUACCUCUGCGCUUCUGGGUGAACAUCCUGAAGAACCCCCAGUUUGUGUUUGACAUCGACAAGACGGACCACAUGGACGCCUGUCUGUCUGUCAUCGCCCAGGCCUUCAUAGACGCCUGCUCUGUUUCAGACCUGCAGCUGGGCAAGGACUCUCCCACCAACAAGCUGCUGUAUGCCAAGGAGAUCCCAGAGUACAAGAAGAGGGUGCAGUGCUACUACCGGCAGAUACAGGAGAUGGCGCCACUGAGUGAGCAGGAGAUGAAUGCACACCUGGCCGAGGAGUCACGGAAAUACAGAAACGACUUCAACACCAACUUGGCUUUGACAGAGAUCUACAAAUAUGCCAAGAAAUACAGACACCAGGUGGUGAUUGCGCUGGAGUCGAACCCAACUGCCCGCCGCACUCAGCUGCACCACAAGUUUGAGCAGGUCAUAGCUCUGGUGGAGGACAACAUCUACGAGUGCAGCAGUGAGGCUUGAGUCUCCCUCCAUACGGCCCUCUCUCCUCCACAUCCAUCCCUCCUGCCACCCCCUGUCUGGGCCUCAGAAGCCAGGAAACCCCCAGGUCUAUUUACUAUACCCUGGACUGGGAGAGAUGGCAGGUAGAACUUCAACACUGGCAGACAUCCUGGAGUGGGAGCACUAUGCUGUAGGAUGAGAUAUUGCCUGAGGAAGGAUUUGUCCUGAGUCAGAGUGGAGAGGGGCCAGCUUCUUGAUGACAUCACUGUCGUGAGGACCUGGAGUCCUAGCAGCCAUCUUAUGCACUGAGCCCCGUAUUUGGGAACGAGCCAUUGAUGCACUGUACUGUAUGAUAAUGUCCAUAGCAAUAUUUAUAGAUGUGUUCUAAUGUUUCCCAUGGCCCAUUCAUCAGUAUGAUUAUGAAUGAGAAUGACACGCUCCUCCAAUGCAGCCUGUGCUGUUCUCAGGUCUGAUCGGUGGACAAAUGGCUCCAUGUUGCUUUGAACUACAAAGUCCCAUUGGGGUUUCCAGGGUGACGAUGGGUUAAGGAGAGAAGAGCAUUAGAUUGAAAGAAUUUAUUUAGAUAAUGACUGGACUCUUGACUAAGAUAUCGUUGACUGGGGAGAAUUGCAUUGUAUGUUUGAAGAGCUUUUUUUAUUUGUAUAUGUAUGAAAACAAAAUAAGUGGGACAUUUAAGACCACCUAAUCCAAUAGCGAAUGUUCUGACAUUACUGUAUUUGUGAUGCCAAAUAAUGUGUCAGGUUUGUGAAAAUAAAAUGUUCUGCACCAA